UGGCUAACUGUUAUUGCUCAAGGCAUAACAAUAAUUCGAAUGAAUGAAACCCUAAAUUCCUUCGCUUAAAUGAUAAGCCUUAGUAACAAAGCCUGACAACUUGCCGAAAAUAGCAUAGAGUGAUAUUAUUGUGUAGACGAGAGCGGAAAUCAAAAAUCGAAAUCAUGGACGAGGAUAUCAACGCCCAGUCGUCUCCGCGGAAGGGAACACGGAGAAAACACCGACAUUCAAAGACGUUUCCAACUAAUGAGAGGCAAACUGAAACUUUAAAGUUGGGACCAGUCACAGGGCAUAAGGAAGAUACACUUGUGCCGUACGACAAUGAAGGUUACUCGCCAAGACCGAUGGUGAAAUGUCCAGAGCAGGCUGUGACGGUUGAACCUCUUUCGGGGAUGAGGACUUUGUCUCGCCGAAAAUCCAUGUUUAGUGGUCCAGACAAUGAUGACUUUGACACAGAGUUGCGGAUGGUCGGAGGAACGGAGAAUGCCACAUCCAAGUACAUCUCAGAGACAUUCGUUCACCGGCGUUGUAAAAAAUAUGUCGAGGACAAGGAUAACAAAUGCAAGUGUGGAUAUGACAAAGCGGCGCAUACGACCAAAGCCAAACGGAUGGCCAAAGAGAUUGAAGGAGAACGCUGGGCUCCUGAGACACACACCGAGACGAUAGCACCCAAUACAUAUGGAGAGAUCGACUUUUACGGCUUUGGACGGGAAUUGACCAUUCCUGCGCCGUACGUGCGUAUUGACCAUGAAACAGACAAUGAAAGUAUCUGGAAGCUGCUAACGGAGUAUUGGCAUCUCCCCGUGCCCAACCUCAUCAUCUCAGUCACUGGAGGGAACAAGAACUUCCAGCUCAAGAAGAGGAUGCUGGAGAGUGUCAAACGCGGUCUUAUCAAAGCUGCUGCAAGCACAGGAGCGUGGAUCGUAACCACUGGGAUGAACUCUGGUGUCGUCAAGUAUGUAGGCGAGGCUGUGAAGGAUCAUGUCAUCACGACCAGCACUGCUGAACUCAACAUCGUCUGCCUUGGGAUAUGCCCUUGGGGCUAUAUCGACAAUAAAGAGACGCUCAUUAGUAAAAACCCGGGCCAGGGCAUGUCACCGGCAGAAUACAACAUCAAGGACUGUGUACCCCACGCUAAGAUCAAUCUAAAAAAGAAGGCCCCUCUUGAUCCCAACCAUACCCAUUUCCUCAUGGUUGAUAAUGGCACCAAUGAGGUUUAUGGUGUGGAGAAGUAUGUCCGGGCAAAUCUGGAGCAGUAUGUUGCAACGAAGAUGGAGACGAAUGUUGGAGAAAACCAGACUAUAAAUGUCCCCAUCGUCCGCUUGGUGUUGGAGGGUGGCCUCAACACACUCGAGUCCACUGCCGAGGCCAUCAGGAACAAAAUACCUGUGGUGGUGUUCCAGGGGUCCGGUAGAUCCGCAGAUAUAAUAGCAUAUUGUUACAACAUCACCAGAUCGAAAACAAACGAGGAUUUGACUGUUUACAAUGAAAGCAUUGAAGAGAUUUUAGAAGAAAAAGUGGUGCAAUUUCUAGAAUUGACAAAAGUAGAACCGACACGUGAUAACAUAGCCGAAAGUAAGGGAUGGGUGAAGAAUUGUCUGGAGGAUAGACGAUUACUUUCCGUGUACGAGUUGGGAGAUGCCGACCAAGACGAAGCCAUUGAGAAAGCGAUUCUGAAUGCACUACUAAAAGUUAACAAGCAUAAUGCCAGCACUCAGUUAAGUCUUGCCUUAUCCUGGGACAGGUGUGACAUUGCAAGGCACGAGAUAUUUACACCAGAAAAGAGAGAGUUGUGGAAGGACAUUCCGAUAUCUGACUAUUUCUUCAUCGCUCUUGUUGAGAAUCGUGCAGACUUUGUCCAGUUACUUCUCGAUGUUGGCGUGGAGCUGAAGAAGAGUUUGACGGUGCAACGAUUACGUGAUCUCUACGACAGGUCUCUCCUAGAGAAGAAUAGCAGCACGUAUGUGUUGAAGACGCUCCUCAAGAAAGCAGAGUCGUCAUUGAAAAAGAAUGGAUGCGGACAUGGUAGAUGUUACAGUAGCGACGUGAGUCCCGACCAGUUUGAUAUUUUGUUACCAGCAUGUGGAAAGGUCAUAUCGGACCUGGUUGGAUUCCAAUGCCCAAAUUUCUAUGGUGCCUGUGGCGAAUACUUUGAGCAUCCUGAACGCGAACUGUUCUUGUGGGCAAUCAUGUUAAACAGAAAAGAACUGGCAUCGCUGUUCUGGAGGUCAGGCAAAGAUCAUAUCGGUACCGCUCUGGUGGGGAGUUCCCUCCUCAAGUCCUUGAUGAGCGUAGCGCAAAGCGUCGAGGAGAUAGACUACUACAACACUCUCAAUGAAUUGGCAAGAGACUUCGAAGAACGGGCCAUUGGUGUGACGACCGAAUGCUACAACAAGGACACCAAGAUGUCCCAACUUGUCCUGACCCGCCAGCUCUGCGUUUGGGGCAAUACCACAUCAUUGAAUGUUGCGGCUGUUGCUGAGCACAUGGACUUCAUGGCGUGCUCAGCUCCCCAGACACUGCUGAACAAGAUAUGGAAAGGCAACAUGGCGUUGUUCACGCCGUCCUGGUUGAUCUUCCUUGCGGCAUUUAUACCCUUGUUCAUCCCUCUCAUAAAAUUCUCCAAGAAGGAUGCAGCGAUCUCAAAGCUACGGAACAUGCAACACAGUGGCUUCAAGGGCCCGAGCAAGGGAACAGAGAAAAACGAAAAGAGGGGACACAUCGACGAAAGAAAUAAUCUCAGCGUGUAUAGCAUGCAUUUGCGUUCCGACCCAGAUUCAGAUCACGUGAGCUUAUGGGAGGCCAUCAAGUAUUUUUAUACCGCCCCUAUUACCAAGUUUAUCCACACCACUGUCGCUUACCUUGUAUUCUUGGGCUUGUUCAGCUAUUACGUGCUGACAGACUUGCACCCUAUUGGGACCGCCAACUCACCUAGUAUCGUUGAAGCUAUCGUGUGGGCCUGGGCUAUCAUCCUUAUGUUGGAAGAGGCUAGGCAGGUAUUUUCAAAUGAUACGCGGACGACCACCUACAACAUAAAGGACUGGUUCUCCAACACUUGGAAUCGUUUCGAUCUGAUUAUGUACAUUCUUCUACUGCUGAGUGUGGUCCUCAGAUGCAGUUUGAUGGUUGACCAGUUCCACCACGCCAGAGGUUGCUAUGCCCUGACCCUAGCUAUGUUCUAUAUGAGGUUCAUCCAACUGUUUUAUGUGCAUCCUAAGAUUGGGCCAAAGGUUAUCAUGAUAGAGAAAAUGAUCAUGGAUUUGCUGUUCUUCAUAGUGCUAGUGAUCGUGUUCAUCCUUAGUUAUGGCGUGGCCACUCAAGCCCUGCUCUACCCAAAUGCCAAAGCGGAAUGGAUUCUGGUCAAAAACGUCCUUUACGCACCAUAUUGGCAGAUCUUCUCAGACGUAGAUUUGGGUCUAGCUGAAGGUAAUGCUCCGGACAGCGUGACGUGUUCCCAUGACAGGUCGAUCUGGUACUCUGACCCCAACACCGUGCAAUGCCCGGAGACAAACUGGAUGGUCCCAAUCUUCCUCAUCAUCUACAUCCUGCUCACCAAUGUCUUGUUGCUCAACCUACUCAUUGCCAUGUUCAGUUACACGUUUCAAAUGGUCCAAGAAAACGCCGAGCUGGUGUGGCGCUUUAACCGAUUUGCUUUAAUUUUUGAAUACUACGACAGACCCGAGUUGGCCCCACCAUUUAGUUUCGUUUUAGUCAUUUAUAGGCUGAUACGUUACACUGUAAGCAGAUUUAAUAUGUCGGCACCUCCUUCAACAGACUUCAGAGAAGUUCUCAACGCUGACGAAGAUUUGAAAAUCACAGCUUUCGUGAAGUACUGCAUGGAGCGUUACCUCGUGUCGGAGAAGAAACGGACUUCAGAGCAGCUGGAGUCCAAAGUGACUGACACUGGAGAUACUGUAUGUGAAGUAAAGAGGAACAUAGAAGAAAUCCGCGAACACAUGGUUGAUGAUACUCUAAAAGAAGACACCAAUAAACCUGUUGACCAUCAAAAUGAACUUGCAUUACUCAAUGACCAGCUGAAAUCCCUCAACGAUCACGUGAAUCGGAAGUUGAUGUUCCAGGAGCUCCAGUUGUCCACCAUGAUGGAUAUACUCAAGAAACUGGCCAAGACAGAUGAAACAGAAAAGAUAACAGCUGUCGAUGUUGCAACUUAUUACAUGCCUUAAUACAAUGUAUGACACAAAAUUGUUCUUAAAAAAAUAUACAUGUAUGUGCCAAUUAAGCCAGACCUAGUUUCAAUAGUCAGCUAGAUGUGAUGUAAUGUUCACAACGGCUGUAUGAUAGCGUAAAUCAUGGGGCCACUUAAACUUGUUUUCUUUUUGUUGUGCAUGUUUGGGUGUGACUGGGCCUGCGUUGUCCGAGUUUAUUGGGUUCUUGUGGCUCAGGCGAUUAGAAAUAACUCAUAAUUAGUUAUUCCGCACACGAAUUCGCUGCAACUUGCCAUUUAUAGAAUUUGUUUAUCAAUGACACAACAGAUUUGUUAAAAAGAAUCAUACAUGUACAACCUUUAUCGCAGGAAAUGAAAUUGUUUCAUGCAAAUAGCUUCCUAACUGUGAUAGCGAUUAAUUCUCAUAUAACAAAAAUCUCUUUAUUUCCCUAUUAUUUCCCUUGUUAGAAGUGAGUGUUUUUAUUCAGUUAUGACACUAGGUAACUAGUGUAUUUUAAAACGGGUGUUUUUGUUAUCUUAUAGACUGGUAUAGUUUUCCAUUUCCAUUUACGUGUAUGUGUAUCGAAUGUUUUUGAUUAACUGAAAGAAGAUAUCGUAUAUCUUGUAUUCUUUUAUUUCUCGGUAGAACACAUAUAUAUCGCACAGACAAUCAAGUUAAUUGGACAAACUAGAAACCAAAUAUCUGUGAUACUGACACGCUAAA